AUGGAGGCGCUGCCAAAUAAUAACCAACCCUCUACAAGUUCGAGAUCCGGCGGUGGAUCACCCGCUCCCACAUCAAAGCGGUCUCGGGUCGUUAUUUCGCAGUCGAAACGAGGCUGCGUGACUUGCAAGACACGCCGGGUCAAGUGUGACGAGCAAAAGCCUCUAUGUCGGCGAUGUGUUCAAGCAGGUCGACUAUGUGGUGGUUACAACCACGAAAGCAAGCCCUCAUCGGCCUUGCGACCUGCUCUGAAGAUCGGCGUCACAGCGGACCGCCAUACCGAGAGGCUAUGCUAUCUCGCAGCUCAUGUGCUGUCUCUGGACAACAACGGCCAUCCUCUGCAGGAGGACGAUGUCUGGGGGCGCAUCUUUCUUCAGCUAUCGAAUCAAGUCGAAUGUGUCAAGGCCGCUGCUGCCGCAUUUGGGGCUGCGUAUGAAUCAUCGCUCAAUAAUGCCAUAAUAAAAAGCCCUUGUUCCGUCUGGCGUUGCUACGGCUCAGCACUGGCAAGGCUCCAAUCGGAUUUGAACGACGGAACUGCCGGCCCAGAGUCCCUGGCUCUGGUAUCAGUGAUUCUAGCCUGCGUUGAGAUCCUAAGCCAACACGAACAAAAUGCAUUCGCCCAUUUUCUUGGGGCCGUACAGAUCGUGACCAAGACCUAUCAGCGUCGCCAGGAGGCUCCAUCUGCUGACAUUCUUAACACAAUCAAAGACGAGCUAGUCAAAAUUGACGUCUUGAUUGGCAGCUACGCCUUGUCCCGAACGCCGACAGUUGUGUACCUGGAAUCUCAAGAAGGCGCUGGAGAUGAUGCGUUCCGUGAGCCGAAGCUUGCUAUUAACGCCGCGAUGCUCUGCCUUCACCGAUCAUAUCAAUUCGUAGAGUCGGCUUUCCGGCUGCGGUACACGUAUCCGAGCUGGAAAGAGUAUGAUCCCAUCAUGUGCAAGGGUCAGUCUGAGGCGGUGACCCAAUGUCGUUCGGUUCUCGAUGGCCUUGCGGCGCUUGCCACGAGACUGCAAGCCCAAUAUUCGUCCGCGACGUCUACACUGAGAGAUUCGGAGACGCUGGCGGAGAUUUAUGCCAUGCGCACACAGCUGACCGCGACUAUAAUCUUCCUCUUGUGUGUUCACAAUCCAUUUGAAACGGGGUACGAUGAACACCUGGACCGAUUUCGAAGCAUCGUGAGUGAUGCUGCAGCGUCGGCGCGGCUGAGGCGGCGGACCAAACCCAGCGCUUUCAACCGCUUCUCAACGCGUCCUGGUAUUGUUAACCCUCUCUUCAUCGUGACUUUGAAGUGCAGAGAUCCGCUGCUGCGUGCGUUAGCGACGACGAUGCUCAACGAACAAGGUCGCGAGGGGCCUACCGAUGGACACAUCAUGGCAGCAAUUGGUGCUCGACUGGCUGCCCUUGAGACAUCUGCCAGUGUGCCUUCUUCCCCCGGCGCUCCGCUGGCUGCCUGCGACGUCCUCGAAAGACAGAGGGUUCACGGCUACUCGGUGCCCCCUCCAAGAUUAAAUGGCGAGGGCCGCCGCGUCGUUGACGUUGUUUUCAUGUGGCCAAACCCGCCUGUCGUGCAAGGAUUGGGCCGUGUUGAUUACUCAACCCAGGAUGGCUGGACCUACCGAUCGGAACCUAUCGAUAUAUAG